CUCCAUCCCCUCCCCGGCUCUGUCCCUGCUCCAUCCCCCUCCUCGUGCCGCUUCCCAACUGAUUCACAGCUGAGAGCCGAGGGAAGCGCAGAACCCGGAGAGAAAAACGUCUGUAAUUAAGACUUUGCAUCUUUUUCUGCUGGAAUAUUUUUAACACCCUUCUCCCUCUCCUUUUUGUGUUGGUGCAGGUGCUCUUUCCCACAGGAUUUUUGGGGCAGGGCCAUUCCCGACGCUGCGUUCUGGAUCCAAAUGGGGCUUGUGGGCUGCAGCUCUUUUGAAGGCUUUGCUCUGUCACAAGGUGCGCUGCGUUGUGACAGGAACAGGCUUUUUAAAGCUGUUUGCUUUGAGCUCUCUUGGCACAUUCAGGCAAGGCUUUUUCUCUGCUUUUUGAAAAAAAAGUAUAUUUAAAGUGCCAGGACCAUUUCUGCUGCUGUGCUUUAAUAGGAUUUGCAGCUGUGAAUGUGCUUUAAAAGAGUUUACAGCUGGGUUGAAGUGUCCCCUCGCUUAAAAUAACGUCACAGCUUCGUGAUGCAGGAGAAUGUGCCUCCCACCAGUUGCUUUGUGAGUGCUGGGGAGCACAAGGGGAAUAGAAGCAACCCCAAAACUUUUAUUUGUGGUUAAAUAGGAGGCAUAACCCUGUGGUCGGGGUUUGGAGUUGUCAGUGAGCCAGUUUGGAUCUUGGUUUUUGCCUUGCUGAUGAUUUGCUCUCUGCCCUCUCGUGCAGUUCCAGCCUGGCAGGGUUUUUCCUCCACAAUGGCAAUAGGGAAAUCUCAGAUUUUAGGUUGUAGCGUGCUCGAUCUGGGGAUCUCUGUGUGUUACAGAGUGCUGGAGCAGAGACAAGGGCAGGAUGUGGUGUCACUGGGAGCCAGUGAGAGCUGUGGGCCGUGUGUUUCUCAGACUGAAAAGCAGCUGGUGGCUGGGGAGCCAGGGGAAGAAAUGUUUUAUCUUAAGGAGCUGCACAGCAGAUCCUGCCCACCUCCCGUGGCUCGGGGCCAGGGGCUCAGAGCUGGCCCAUGCAGACACUGACCUGGGGAGGCUCCACAGACAGGUUUAAAUCCCUCAGGCGAGGUUUGCAGGGAGGAGGUGGCCUCAGCAUGUGCAGUGUGCCCGGCAGCACAGGAGGGCAAAGUACUGCAGAACUGGAGGUGGUGAGGGUGGAGUGGCGCAGAGUUUGUGUCCUGCCCGUGCUGCCUGUGCUGGGGGGAGCUGUGUGCCUGAGUUCCACCCUGCUCUGGCAGAGCUGGUGUCAUGGAGCCAGCUGAGUAAAUCCAUUCUUGGCUUCCCUGGGAGCAGGAGAGAGGAGGGAGCUCCUGGCAGCCCCACUCAGCGGCUGCUUACACAGGGGUUACACUCAGAGUCCACAUGAGUUCUGUCUCCAUUCCAAGAAAACGAGGCUUAAAUGCCAUUCAGUGCAUUGGGGCUGGAUGUGUGUGAGGAUGCUUGGCCUAGCCCUGGCUCCAGCUGCUGGAGCAGCCUCUCUGCUCCCGGGAUUUCUCCAGCCUGGUGAGGAGUGGGGUCAGAGAACUCGCUGUAACCUCUCUCCCUCAGUGUCUUGGCCAAGGUUAAGAAGUCAGGGAUUUUUUUUUUUAAUAGGAACAGUAUCAAAGAGGUCUCUGCAUCAUCUCCCAGAUCCAUGAUCUCUUCCAUAAGCGACUUUCUUGUUCACAGAGAUUUGCAGCUUUUCAGAUGCCUGGCAGUAAAUAAAGGCGCAAAAUUCACAAAUGAGGCUGAAGCCAGAAAUCUCUUUGUCCUCUGUGUUUACCAAGCCAGGUUUCCCAAACUGGAAGGAGAAUUCCCCUGGCACCGGUGACCUCCUGAGGCGGUUCCUGGGUGUGGGAUGGAGCUGUGGAGCAGGGCAGACCCCCAGCUCCGCGAGGUCGUGUGCUUCUCCCUGCGCUGCCGGGCCCUGGCGCUGCUGCUGCAGGCCGUGUUCAACCUGCUGAUCCCAGACCACGCUGCCGACGCCUUCUCCCCUCCUCGGCCGGGCGCGCCGGGCGCGUGGGACGCGCUGCUGGAGCGGCUGCUGGGCGGGCUGGCGCGCUGGGACGGCGAGCAUUUCCUCUUCAUCGCCGAGCACGGCUACCUGCUGGAGCACAGCUGCGCCGGGCUCUUCGCGCUGGCGGCCGCCGCCCGCGCCAACGGGCUCGUCAACGCCGGCUUCGUCCUCUACUCCCGCGCCAGGCGCUUUGCUCUCCAGCUGCAGGCCGGAUCGGCACCCUCGCUGUGGAAGCAGCUCCUCAGCCUGGCGUCUUCAGCAGCCCUGAUGUGCGCUGGGAUUUUUCUGCCUUUUGUUUUGUUUCAGUGCUACGCCUACGUGAGGUUCUGCAGCCCUGGCACGGGGCUGGCUCCGAGCGUGCCCGAGCCGCUGCUGCAGCUGGCACGGGACAAGGGCUAUCGUGUGGCAGGCAUGGCCGGGGCUGAGCCCCCCUGGUGCUCCCAGCGCUUCCCUGUGGUCUAUUCCUAUGUCCAGGACACUUACUGGAACGUGGGCUUUCUGAGGUACUUUGAGCUCAGACAGAUCCCAAAUUUCUUGCUUGCUCUGCCUGUCACCCUUCUGUGCUCGUGGGCUGCCUGGACCUACGUCAGCACAAACCCCCGGCACUGCCUGACUCUUGGUCUAGAGAGGAGGAAGACCGAAGAGAGGGGCAAGGCCAGAGAUGGAUUUUGUGGCCCUGCUGCCUUCGUGUACGUGGUGCACAGCACGGCCCUGCUGCUCUUCGGGUUCUCCUGCAUGCACGUGCAGGUGCUGACGCGGUUCCUUGGCUCCUCCUCUCCCAUCCUGUACUGGUUCCCAGCUUACCUGCUUCAGGAGCACGAACCUUUACUGUGGAGCGCAGGGACUGAUAACCCAAAAUCUGGGAAGCCUCUUCUGGGUAAAUCUGCCAGUCGCUGUGAGAAAGGGACCUCGGACAACCCAGUUGUGAGGCUGCUGCUGAACUGGCGAUCGCUUACCCCCCUCAGCAAGAGCAUCCUGGGCUUCUUCCUGGGCUACUGGCUGCUGGGGCUGAUCCUGCACUGCAACUUCUUCCCGUGGACGUAGCGGGGUGUGCUGGCACAGGCCAGCCUGGCCAGGAGCUCUGCUCAGGACUGAAUCUCAGCUGCUCUGGCAGCCUGAGGAGGCUGUGACGGCGCCGUUGUUGCAGUUACAAAGGGGUUCCUCCCUGUCGCAGGCGGGGUGUUCUCUGCAGGGUGAUGCUGCA